AUGUCCACCGACCACCCCCGUCGCAGCAAGCCCCCCAAACCGCCUACGUUCUCAAAGAACGGCGUGCGCAUGGGCAGACCGCCUGGCACUAAAAACAAGCCUAAGCCAAACGGUCCGAAGGUCGGCAGACCCUCCCUCAACACCAUCUUCAUGGUCUCCGACUCGGUCUUCCCCGCUUCUGAUGGCAUCGACCCUGAUGCCAUUCCCAGAGACAGAGACGACACAAACACAAUCAACCUCGCCAUCACAGACGUCUCCCGCGCGGAACUAGGCCUCCUCCCCUUCGACCCCUCCCUCCGCUUCAAGCACGGCUACCUCGCAAAGCGCCAAAAGUGCCGCUACGCCGUCAUCCCCGUCUACUCCCGCGAAGAACGCCUGCUCUUUGCUAAACUCCUCAAGACCAUGCCCCCCGGCGGCGUCGUCGACUGGCCCGCGACCGCAAAGCUCUGGAACUCGUACGCCGACGGCAAGGCCGUCUUCUAUAAGCUGCCCCAGCACCUCGAGGCUUACUCCCGUCUUCUCCGCGAGUGCGCAAUGUCUUAUAGCCUGCACUCCGACUCUGAGCGUGCUUCCCUCCUCGCCUCUCUCCCCGAGGGCGCAUCUGAGUUUGCGAAAAAGCUCAUAGCCGCCGACCCCGCGGCCAUGACCCUCGCCGUCGCAGUCACCGCCGGCCACGUCGCCGGCUCCUCUGCGCCCAAGGACUCUCUGAUCAGUGCGCGCGAGGCCGCAACCAUCCCUGCUAUCGAAAACAUGCUCGACUCGCUCGACAUCGACGUCAUGCGUCUCCUCGACGGCGGCCACUCCGAUAUCGAUCCCCUCACCGGCGUCAAGCGCCGCGGCCGCCGACCGAGCGUCAAGUCUGGCGCGGGAAAGGCCCGCUCAGUCGAGCCCUCCGCCCCUGUGCACCGUCUCUCGUCGACCGAUCCUGCGACCGGCCUGCGGACCACCUUCGAGCCCGCGCCGCCGGCCGCGAUCGAGCGGUCGAGCGACGGCACGAUGGCCGUCCGCCGCGCGUCGUCCGACUCGCACCACGACCUCAGCGCCUCUGCGCAGCUCUAUCUGCAGUCGCAGUCUGUGCUUCCGUUUGAGCCGUCGUCGUACUAUGCGCCGAUGGUGCGCCCAGCCGACAGCUUUUCGUACGUGCAGAACGCGUCGCCGCAGCCGGGCGGGCUUCCUUCUUCGCUCCGCACAAGCCUCGACAAGACCAGACCGUCGUAUCCUCUGUCGCCGGCAAAUGUGGGUUUUGGAUCUAGCCAGAUUCCUCCGCAGCACUCCUCGGCGGGUCCCUCACAAACGUCGCAGCAGGCCAAGGGCGCGGAGCGGAGGUACCCUAUCUACUAUUAUUAA